CUUUAGGACUUCAUUCUGCCCUUGCUAUAGAUAUGUUGCUACUCGCCCUAUUAAACAGGAUAUAUGUGACGGUGUAUUAAAACAAGGGAGCAGUAGAAUGAAGACGUCAAGAACAUCGAAGCAGAUGACAGUAGCUGCAGUUACGUGGAAGAUCAUAAAGACCUGUCUCAGAUGUGCUGUGGAGCGUCUUUGGACUUAAUCUGCACACCUGUGCUGUUCCUCACCCCUUGCCUUGGAGUAAGGCUGCUGUUGAGCUGGAAGUGCUAAUUUUUCCUUGUAUUCAGUCCCUAGAGUGUGGGUUCAGCAGUGGGCCGUGUGUGCCUCAGUCUGGAUUGUGUCACCUGCUCUGCUUGCCACAGGCUUCACAGGAAGUAACAGAUGCGGGUGAAAGAUCCAUCAAGAACGAACUCCGAGAAGCCGAAGAGAAGCAAAAGGCCUAACAGGCCACAGGAUGAGGACUCUUCAGAUGAUAUUUCAGGCUUAACCUGCCAGCACGUGAGCCAAGCAGUGGAUGUGCAUCAUGUGAAGAGAGCAGUGGCUCAGAGUGUCUGGUCCAUAUGUGCAGAAUGUCUGAAGGAGAGGCGGAUGAGUGAUGGUGAGCCCACAGCACCUUCAGACAUAUGGCUGUGUCUCAAGUGUGGCUCUCAGGGAUGUAGUAAGAAUUCGGAAGGCCAGCAUUCUCUGAAACACUUCCAAACAGCACGCGCAGAACCUCAUUGCAUUGUUAUCAACCUCAGCACGUGGGUCAUAUGGUGUUAUGAAUGUGAUGAAGAGCUGUCAACACAUUGCAACAAAAAGGUUCUGGCUCAGAUAGUUGACUUUCUUCAAAAACAUGGUGCCAGGGCUGAACCAAGUUCAUCAAAAAUCUUACGUCUUCGUGAAGAAAACAGUGAAACAAGUGAAAUACUAAAAGGAAAAAAUUCUGGCAAUGGUGCAUCAAUUCCAGUUAAAGGAAUAAAUAACUUAGGAAAUACUUGCUUUUUUAAUGCUGUCAUGCAGAACUUGGCACAGACUCAUGUACUAAAUGAACUGAUAUAUGAGAUGAAGGAGAAAGGAACAAAGUUAAAAAUCUGUCAUGCUUCAGACUCCCAGUUGGAUCCUUUGGUGGUAAACCUUUCCAGCCCGGGACCUUUGACUUCAGCGAUGUUCUUGUUCCUUCACAGUAUGAGGGAGGCUGGAAAAGGUCCUCUUUCUCCCAAAGUGCUGUUCAGCCAGCUUUGUCAAAAGUGCCGUUGGAUUUUUACUGGGCAGUCCAGAAAAUAUUUUCUUCAUAUUUUAAAGUUGUGGGACUCCUUGUUGCACUCCAGGGUUGUACCUGCCCUUCAUGUAAUGGCUCCUCGAUUUAAGGGGUUCCAGCAGCAGGACAGCCAGGAGCUUCUGCACUAUCUGUUGGAUGCAAUCAGGAUUGAGGAGACAAAGCGUAUACAAACUGGUAUCUUAAAAGCCUUUAAUAACCCAACUACUAAGACGGCAGAUGAAGAAACUAGAAGAAAAGUCAAAGCAUAUGGAAGAGAGGGUGUGAAGAUGAACUUCAUAGAUAGGAUCUUUGUUGGUGAAUUGACUAGCACUGUCAUGUGUGAGGAAUGUGAAAAUAUUUCAACAGUAAAAGAACCUUUCAUUGAUCUUUCACUUCCUAUAAUAGAGGAGAGGGUUGCAAAACCCAUGCCUUUGGGAAGAACAGGUAAAGGUAAAAGCGUACAGGAGGCAGAUCUUGGUCAGUAUAACUGUUCUUCUAUCAGUACACUGAAUAAUCAACCCAAAAUUGUCAAGAAACACACUUUAACAAAAGAUAAGAACCAAUUGAACCAUGAGAGACGGCUCGCCAGAAAAGCUUCCUUGAAGGAAGAAGAAAGAAGUCCUGUUAUCAUGCAGGAAAAAACCAAAAAGCUUGAGCUGGAAGGUAGCUCUGGCGUCCUGUACUCCAAAGACACAAGUGCUGACUCAGCUGUCAAUGGCAGUCAGACAGAGGGCAGUGAGAAGGAAGCCAGCCGCUCUGAAAGCAGCUUUGAUGCCGACAGUGAAGCCUCAGAAAGCGAAAGUGCUUCUAAGCAAACAACUUUGAGCCCAUCCAGCCACACAUCUGGUUUGCACGUCAACCACGUAAAUGUUAAAAUGCCGCACAAAAUGCCAAAUGGCAGUAAUGAAGAGGUGAUUUCCAGUGCCAUAUCCAAACUUGGCUUCUGUGAUCCAAUAAAUGAAGAUAAAAAAUCGAGCCGUGGAGAUCCAGCGUUAGGUUUAUCAAAUAAUUCUGUGUUCUCAGUAGAUAAAUCUUCACUAUCCCAAACCCCUCAAAAUGCUUUCCAGACGCUUUCCCAAAGCUACAUAACUAGCUCAAAGGAAUGUUCUGUUCAGUCCUGCCUUUACCAAUUCACCUCUGUAGAGCUCUUAAUGGGGAACAACAAGCUUUUAUGUGAGAACUGCACGGAAAGGAAACAGAAGUAUCAGAAGAAAACCAACUCCACAGAAAAGAAAAUGGAAGGUGUCUACACAAAUGCUCGGAAACAGCUUCUGAUUUCUUCAGUUCCUGCUAUUCUUAUUCUCCACCUGAAAAGAUUCCACCAGGCUGGUUUGAGUCUACGGAAAGUAAACAGGCAUGUGGAUUUCCCACUGAUUUUAGAUUUAGCACCAUUUUGUGCUGCAUCUUGCAAGAAUGUUACGGAUGGUGCAAGAGUGCUCUAUAGCCUUUAUGGAAUAGUGGAGCACAGCGGGUCAAUGAGAGGUGGUCACUACGCGGCGUACGUGAAAGUCAGGCCAUCCUCCAAGAAAUUACUAGAGCAUAUUUCUACCACUAAAAAUGUUUUGGGUAUAAAAGAAGCCAUGGGAGCAUCAGGAGGACAGUGGGUGUACGUUAGUGAUGCCCACGUUCAGAUGGUUCCAGAAUCGAGAGUACUCAAUGCACAAGCAUAUCUACUUUUUUAUGAAAGAUUAUUACUAUAAUUCUUAACAAUUUAAUUUCAAAGAUGGUAGUGGGUACUUAGUUUAUCUUAUUUAAAGCUGCAGUGGUAAGAGUACCUGUAAAUAUUGUGCCUUUAUCUUGUAGAGAAUUUAUCAUCUGUUGGCUCUGAAGUUUAGUCAAGCUAUUAUAAAUAUGUGAAUGGUUCUCUUAAAGUAAGCACUUUGCCAAACAUUUAAAAUUCCUGAGUUCAUUAAAAUGCAGUACCAUUAGAAUGUAAGAUUAUGUCCUAUCCUACUGAGGUCUAGGGAAAGUUUGUUUUUUAUUAUGAAAAAGAUAAGCUUUCACCCAUAGUUCUGGAACAGCUGAGAAUAGAAAUGCUGAUAGUGUUAAGUGCCUGGAUUUGCUGGUGUACAGUAACAAUACAAAGUAUUUCAGCUUUCUGUGAUCUAGUCCAGAUCCUUCCCAUCACUGGGUUGGAUGUCAGCUUGUUAAGUUUUCUGCAAACAAGAACCUGCCAAAUCAUGUCUCUUCCAUGUUUAGUAACUGGAAAGCAGUGUCCUUCCAGAAUGGAGCAACAACAGCUGUCUGGGUAAUACUUCAGUGAACUUUCCUGAUAAGAUUGGGAAAACGUGGCUUCUACAAAGUGACAGUGAAUCCUCAGAUACCCAGUACCCUUUCAGCUGUCUCCAGCUGGCACUGGUAUAGCAACGUACUCCUGUUUCAAUAUAAAUAUGUACUUGGUGUGCAUACGUAUAUCCUCUGAGAUAUAUACACACACCAAAAUCCAUCACUAUAUAUUCUCAUCCUACCUAGUAGGAAAGUGAUUUGCAAAUACUUCCGUAUUUAGUUAUUUUUCAACCUCAUAAUUAUGACAAUGUACAGCAUAUAAGCUUGUAUAUGUACAGAGUUUAAGCAUAACUCGGUAAAUUCUGUUACUUUUGGUUCCAAACAUGAAUUUGUUUAUCUGUUCCUGAAUACUUUUCUCACAGGAAUAAACUGUAAAUUCUUUUUGCACUGUGUGUGUGAGUUGGACAGUAAAUUAUGAUUUUUGCUCUCUGGACUUCCUUUUGUCAGCUGUGGGGGACAGCAGGUGUCCUAGUGGCAACUGGUUUCUGUAGAGUGUUUUAUUGCCCUGGUUUGAGUUGUUACUUCUUUAGGUAAUUUCUCAUUUCCAUCCCAGUGAGUAAUAGAUGCAUUUUAAGGUUAAGAACUGAUAACUACUGUGAAGUUAUGUGGUAAUUAACUUAUUUAAUAAGCACUUACUUAAAUACAAAUUACUUCUGUAACAUUU